AUGGCUACUCUCCGACUCGCCAGCCGAGGCGUCAAGAGCCUGUGCAUGCGGCCAGCAACAUUCGCCGCCCGCCCUUUUUCGACGACUUGCCUGCGAAGAAACGCCGCUCCUGUCGAGACCGUUGGUACCAGACUUGUGCCCGUUGACGAAGAUUUCACCACCGCCCAGGACGCCUACGGCCUGUCCAAGCCCCGAACUCCCGGAACCCGAAAGUCGCGCGAGAACUCAGUUUCAGACCGAAAGGUUCGACACUACACUGUUAACUUUGGUCCCCAGCAUCCCGCCGCUCACGGUGUGUUGCGUCUGAUUCUCGAGCUCAGUGGUGAAGAGAUCGUUCGAGCCGACCCUCACGUCGGUCUGCUCCACCGAGGUACCGAGAAGUUGAUCGAGUACAAGACAUAUCUCCAGGCCCUGCCUUACUUCGACCGACUCGACUAUGUCUCCAUGAUGACCAACGAGCAGUGCUUCUCUCUGGCCGUCGAGAAGCUGCUCAACGUCGAGAUUCCCGAGCGAGCCAAGUGGAUCCGAACUCUGUUCGGCGAGAUCACUCGUAUUCUCAACCAUCUGAUGUCCGUUCUUUCACACGCUAUGGAUGUUGGUGCUUUGACACCUUUCCUGUGGGGUUUCGAGGAGCGUGAGAAGCUUAUGGAAUUCUACGAGCGUGUUUCCGGCGCCCGUCUCCACGCCGCCUACGUCCGACCCGGUGGUGUUCACCAGGAUAUCCCCGUUGGUCUUCUCGACGACAUUUACCAGUGGGCUACCCAGUUUGGCGACCGAAUCGACGAGACCGAGGAGAUGUUGACCGACAACCGUAUCUGGAUUGAGCGAUUGAGGGGUGUUGGUGUUGUUCCUGCCUCUGAGGCUCUGAACCUUUCCUUCACUGGUGUCAUGCUCCGAGGUUCUGGUGUUCCUUUCGACGUCCGCAAGAACCAGCCUUACGAUGCCUACGACCAGGUCGAGUUCGAUGUUCCCGUUGGAACCAACGGUGACUGCUACGACCGAUACCUCUGCCGAAUGGAGGAGUUCCGUCAAUCUCUCCGCAUUAUUCACCAGUGUCUCAACAAGAUGCCUGCUGGUCCCGUCCGUGUCGAGGACUACAAGGUUUCUCCUCCCCCACGAACCGCCAUGAAGGAGAACAUGGAGGCCCUUAUCCACCACUUCCUUCUGUACACCAAGGGUUACGCCGUCCCCCCUGGCGAGACCUACUCCGCUAUUGAGGCCCCUAAGGGUGAGAUGGGUGUUUACGUCGUUUCUGACGGUAGUGAGCGACCUUACCGAUGCCACAUUCGUGCUCCCGGUUUCGCUCACUUGGGUGGAUUUGAUCACGUUUCCAAGGGUCACUUGUUGGCUGAUGCUGUGGCGGUCAUUGGUACUAUGGAUCUGGUGUUCGGUGAGGUUGAUAGGUAA